UACGACGGUGGAUGUAAUUCUUGUUUCUUAACAUGCGCCUUUAUUACAAAAUCAAACUAAAAAACAUCUCUCUCCUCUCUUUUUCCCACUGACUGCAAAAAGUCGAUCAAACUAGAGAAAAAAUAGAGCCUUAUAAUUAGAGAAAAAGUCUUCGUCUUCAAAUUAACCCUCAAUAUACGAAACCUCUACGAAAUUUCCCUUUUUUAAUCAAUUUUCUCCCCUUUCAAACCCUAAUUUCUUACUCUAUACGCGUCGAUUUAUGGCUAGGAAUUUCAAAUAUUAUUAUUUGUUUUGUCUGAUUAAUUGACUGAUUGGUUGGUUGAAAUUUCAGUCGGCGAUUUUUUUGGAUUAAUGUGUUGAUGACGGCCGGACAACAAGAAGGUUUUAAUAACGGUAUGGAGAAUAUUUUUGGUGGUGAUGUUGAAGAUGAUGACGACGAUAAUUUCACUAUUGAUGCUGAUGAUUUGUUGAAGUUACUUGAUGAAGACUUUGUUCCUGAUCAACCGGCCGAUCUGUUUUAUGCAUCAACUGAUAAUACCCAGGAAAGCAGUUCAGUUAUUCUUCUUGAUGAUCAGAUGGACACACAUUUUCAAACAGAUUGUGCUGCUGCAAGUGAAAAUAGUACUGAGACAGUGGAGGCUGAGCAACUUCCAUUUUCGUCUUCUCUAGGGAUGGUACCAAGUGAAGCUAACGACACUUUAUUGAGUGGAAUAAAUACUCAAGCUAAUACAUGUCAGGCGCCCAACUUUGUCGAUGCUGGAAACUUUCCAUUAGCACAGGAUUGGAACAACUUCAAUAAUUUUUCUUCAGAUUUCCCUGAUCAAAAUUUUGUUGGUGUAAAUUAUGAUUUGAUGUCAACUCAUGGUGGGUUGAGUGGUUACAUUAAGAAUGAUAUAGAUGAUUCUUGGCCUUCUCAAUCAUGGUCUAAGCUAGCCAUAGAAUCUCAGGUAGGUGCUGCGAAUUUCGCUACUUCCGAAGUCCAGACUCCCCAUAUGUUUAAUUUUCUUGAUGUCAAAGGGCACGAGACACACAUUCUCGGUAAUAAUCCGGUUAAUCAUAUUGACCGUGUGAAUACAUUUGGAAUUAAGGAUGAAAUUAACAACAAAAUAUUUUCACACAAGGGCUUCGAAUGCAAGUCUUUUGAAGCAAACAGAGAAGGUCCAUUGGAUGUAUUUUCUUUUGGUGCUGGGAGGCCGUUAAGCUCUACUGGAAGUCAGUACCAUGUCUAUGGAGCUGGUGGUCCUGCUGUCUAUAGGCAUAGUUCUGCUGCUAAUGGAAAACUUACAAAUAUGCAACUCAUGGAAGAUCCUUCAAAUUCUGCAGACCUUUAUUCUAACGUUGGCAGCUCAUACUACAAUACUGAAGGAGAGAAGGGUAGGUUUCAACCUGCCUUUUUUAAUCCAAAUAUCUUAGGAGGAACGUUGGAGGCUAGUCAAACUGGUUUGUCGGAAAGUCGAAGUGACAUUGAUGAUGACACCGAUUUGUGCAUAAUUGAAGAUGUAAGUGAACCUGCCAGAAUUCUACCAUUUUCUGCUCGUGGAAAGUCUGUUGCCCCACAGCCUGAAAUAUUUACACCACAGCAUUCAACAUCCAUCACACCCUUUAAUCACAUGGGUUCUAGUGGAACAAGAAUGAAGGGAAGCGAUGAACGCUUGGUUCUCCAAUCAUUAGUGCAGGAUCUCUCACAACCAAAGUCAGAGGCUUCUCCACCUGAUGGCGUUUUGGCAGUACCACUUCUGAGACACCAGCGCAUUGCUUUGUCAUGGAUGGUGCAAAAAGAAACAAACAGCUUGCAUUGCUCUGGAGGAAUUUUGGCAGAUGAUCAGGGGUUGGGAAAAACGGUGUCAACAAUCGCCCUUAUUCUGACAGAAAGGCCUAUGGCUGCUCAAACACUAAAGGGAAAGGAUCAAGGUGAACCUGUAACACUGGAUUUGGACGAGGACGACGACAAGCAAAUGGGGAAUAAAGUUGCUUCUUCCUCAGUGAAGGGGAGGCCCUCUGGUGGAACCCUUGUAGUAUGUCCUACUAGUGUACUCAGGCAGUGGGCUGAGGAGUUGAAGAAUAAGGUCACUUGUGAAGGCAAUCUUUCAGUGUAUGUUUACCAUGGUAGUAACCGGACAAAGGAUCCGUAUGAGCUGGCCAAUUAUGAUGUUGUUCUUACAACCUAUUCCAUUGUAAGCAUGGAGGUCCCAAAGCAUACAUUGCAAGCAAAAGAUGCUGAUGAUGGACAGAAUUCAGAGGUAGAAGAGGCACCGGUUCAGAUCAAUAAGAAAAGAAAGCAAUCUUUAACAUCUGAUAAAAAGCGCUCCAAGAGGGGAAUGGAUAAUGCAUCAGUUGAAUCUGUUGUUCGUCCUCUUGCAAAGGUGGGAUGGUUUAGAGUUGUACUUGAUGAGGCCCAGAGCAUAAAAAAUCACCGGACUCGAGUAGCUCAAGCCUGCUGGGGUCUUCGGGCCAAACGCCGUUGGUGCUUGUCAGGCACUCCUAUACAAAAUGCAGUUGAUGAUCUUUAUAGUUAUUUUAGAUUUCUAAAAUAUGAUCCAUACUGUGUGUAUAAGUCUUUCUAUUCCAUGGUUAAGUUGCAAAUCCAAAAAAACCCGUCUAAAGGGUACCAGAAGCUACAAGCUGUCCUGAAGAAUAUAAUGUUACGUCGCACAAAAGGUACACUUCUUGAUGGGAAACCAAUUAUUAACUUGCCACCUAAAUCUGUCAAUCUGAAGAAAGUGGAGUUCUCAGACAAGGAAAGGGAUUUCUACAGAAGUCUGGAAGCUGAUUCUCGUGCUCAAUUUCAAGCUUAUGCAGAAUCAGGAACUGUUAAACAAAAUUAUGUCAACAUACUAUUGAUGCUGUUACGUCUUCGUCAAGCGUGUGAUCAUCCCUUUCUUGUUCAGGGUUAUGAUUCUAGCUCUAUUUUGAAGUCUUCCCUGCAUAUAGCAGAGAAGCUUCCUCAGGAGCAGAAGAUUUCUCUUUUGAAAUGUUUGGAAGCUUCCUUGGCAAUUUGUGGUAUAUGCAAGGAUCCACCAGAGGAUGCUGUUGUUAGCAUCUGUGGUCAUGUAUUCUGCAAUCAGUGUAUAUCUGAACGUUUUACUGGCGAUGAGAACCAAUGUCCCAUUACAAUUUGCAAAAAGGAGCUCAGUGCAUCCACUGUUUUCUCAAAAGGCACGUUGAAGAGUUUUUUGUACAAUCAGGAUUGUCAGGAUAGCUUUCAUGUUUAUCCUUCUUCUAAAUCAUCGGACCAAAGAGAAUUGUUUGUACCUCAGACUUCUGGUAAAUUUGAGUCGUCUAAAAUUAAGGCAGCUCUUGAAAUCCUUUAUUCUUUGUCAAGACCUUAUGAUUCUAUCAUCAAUAAUGUGUCAAAGCAACCAGUUAUUGAUGCUCAUCUCUUGGACCAAUCUGAUACUGCAUCUUGUGUUGCUGAUAAUGAAAACUCUAAUGCUAGCAAGUGUUUCGGUGAUUCUAAUUCUUUCAUAAAGGAAAAAGCAAUUGUUUUCUCUCAGUGGACAAGGAUGUUGGAUCUCCUUGAAGAUCGCCUGAAGGAAUCUUCUAUUCAGUACAGGCGCUUGGAUGGUACCAUGUCUGUUGUUUCCCGUGAUAACGCUGUGCGAGAUUUUAAUACUCUACCAGAGGUAACUGUUAUGAUAAUGUCCUUAAAGGCAGCAAGUCUUGGGCUCAAUAUGGUGGCUGCUUGUCAUGUUCUUCUUUUGGAUCUUUGGUGGAACCCUACUACUGAGGACCAAGCAAUUGACAGAGCACAUCGGAUAGGACAGACUCGUCCCGUUACUGUUGUGAGGUUAACCGUGAAAGAUACAGUUGAAGAUCGGAUAUUAGCUCUUCAGCAAAAGAAAAGAGAGCUAGUUGCAUCUGCUUUCGGAGAAGAUGAAAAGAAUAGUCGUCAGAGUCGUCUUACUGUAGAGGACUUAACAUAUCUAUUUAUGGCAUGACUUGGGGGUGACGUUUUGGGGUUAUCAUAUACAUAUCAGCUAACACCAGUGGUUUUCUUAUCUGUAGUUAUCGAGAACUCGUGAUUCACAAUAUAGAUGACAUGAAUGACAGUAGAAAAGGUGGCUCCUUGAAAGAUAUAUAGGAUAUAGAUAGUACAGGAUAGAGGAAAAUUUGAUUCAUAUUUCAGUUGUUGGUCUAAUGACCAUGCUUAAUUCUGUGAGCAUGCGAUAGAUUUGCGUUUGUAUAGGUUUAGUUUUGUUUAGCGUUAGACCACAGGGGAUAUUUUGAUGUUAUAAUUUAUGAAAUCUUAUUGUUCGAUCAGCAUAUAAUAUUGAGUUAAGGUCAUACUUAAA